CAGUUCUUCGAGUGUUGGCAAUAAGGACAGGUCGCAUUCAGAUUGACCGAAAAAAUUUCCCCCCAAACAAACUUUUAUUUUCCACUUUUCGAAAUGUUUUAAAUUUUAUUAUUCGAUUGUGUGGGCCCACCGUCAAAGUUCCGAUUCACUCGUGUGUCAGGUGUGUUUUUAUUUCUCUCUCCUUUCAACUCGGAAGAGACACAAAAAUAAAAAAUAAAAAACCUUUUGGGCGCAAAAAUAACAUUUCCAUUCCCAGCAGCAGCAGCAGCGAUUCUCGAUCGUGUCCAGUCGUGCACUCGGAGGAUUUAAAGAAAGUUUUUUUUUGUUAUUCUUUUCUUUAAAAUCAAAAUUUGUCUUCCUUAUAUAUUUAUACAUUUCUAUACCCCCUUUUGCGAGAGAGAGAGAGAGGAACGUGUUAUGGUUAUUGCCCUCAAACGGGUCCUCCGUUGUAGUUUGGACCGAAUCGGGUCCGUUUUUUUUCUUCUUUCUCCAGUCGACCGAAAUAUUUUGUGCCGGUCAUUUGACAGUUCCGAAUUGUGACGUUUUGUUCAAAACAUUUUCGUGCGUGCGGUUGUUCCAUCAAAACUACAAAACUUGAUAAGGGAAGUAAAAACCCAACGAGACGGCACACAACCAUCCGGGGGCGAUCAAUAGCUCUGCCUUUGCGCGGUGUGGUGGUGCUGGGCACAGGUGGAAAUCAACGACGGAACUUGAACAUUUUUGGGGCCUAUAAUUUCCGGUCGUCGUCGUAAAAGAGAGAACUGGCGUUUUCCAGUUACGGGGGGGUUUUGCUGGAUGGGCCCAGUUGCAGUCAACAAGCGCCAAUCUGCCCGGCCCCCCAGUUAUCGAUACAACAGCCAACAGCCAAUAAUAACAAGCCGCCAGUUCCUUCCGGCAUCCAACAGCACAACAGCGGGAGCAGCUCUAGCAAUCCAAUCAAUAAUAGCAGCAGCAGCAGCGGCGGCUACUUUGUCGGAAUGGCGAUGGGAAUGUCGAUGACCUCUGACCCUCAACACCACCCCAUGGGCAGCAUGAACGGCCUCUCCUACAGUCACGGUGGAGCCGGACGGAAACAGAGACGAGAGCGGACGACAUUCACUCGAGGCCAACUGGACGUCCUGGAAUCUUUAUUCGCCAAAACGCGUUACCCGGACAUUUUCAUGCGGGAAGAAGUUGCACUCAAAAUCAGUUUGCCGGAAUCGCGCGUCCAGGUCUGGUUCAAGAACCGGCGGGCCAAAUGCCGCCAGCAGCAGAAACAACAACAGCAACAACAACAACAGCAACAACACAACGGGGCCGCCGGCGGCGAAAGUGGUGGUAACAAAGGUGAGAAGAGGAUACGCAAACGAGGCGGACAAACUAACACGACGACGACUACCAAUCCGGCCGGCGCUCCAGCAACCAACAACGCGACGUUGAACAACAAACAGCCGGCCCGUAAUAAUAAUGCGGUUGACCCUGUUUCCCUGUCGUCGGCCGUCAUGCCGCCCGUCAGUGGUAUCAGCACUGGUCCGCCCAGCACGCCGUCGGCCGUGUCUGCCGUGUCGAUGGAAGGUGGCGAUUCCAGUCAAGUGAUGAUUCCGUCACCUUACCGCAAUUUGGCCAUGGCCCUCAGUCCGAUCCCGUCCAAUUUGAUGUGCAACAGCAUCAGCAGUUCACCGCCGUUGAUCCAGCAGCAGCAACAACAAUUGAUCCAAUCCAUCCAGCAACAGCAGCAGCAACAACUUCAUCAGCCGGUCCCGGCUUCUUUCGGCUCGGCCUCGUCGUCCACCUCAUCCAGUUCCGGCUCCAACAACAGCAGCAGUUACGCGGCUCCAUCCUAUCACUACCAUCACCAACAACAGCAACAACAACAACAGCCAAUCAGCAACAGCCAUUUCAACGGGUCUCACCAUCAUCAUCUCCAUCAUCACCAUCCGACCGGAUCAUUCGGGCCGGCCACUGACGCCAACAACAGCGGCCUCUCCGGCUUUUUCCCGCAGUACACCACGGCCAACAACAGCGGUGUGGAUUUGAUGCUGUCGUCGCCAACGAUCCUAGCGGCGGCCGGCAACAUCAGCUCAACGAGCGGCGGCCUCGGUCCGGCCAUGAACUGCCCCGGUGGCAAUGGCAACGCAAGUAUCGGCGGCUCGUCUUCGUUCUGGGCCUCGCCUCCGCCGAUGAUGGAUUACGGCGGAUCGCCGUCCAUGUUGCUUCCGUCAUCGGCCAGCACCCAGUCGUCGUCGUCGUACUAUUCGUCGCUCGACUAUUCCCUCUACGCGCCCAGUCUCCAUUUGCCGCUAGCCAAGAGCUCGACCGUCGAUGAAGUGGAUCAGCUCAUCCAUCGGGAAGCCUCCAACAAGAAUUCUAGUCCAGUCGAGGCCGACGACGAUCAAUCGUGGGCCAAAUAUACCAAUUUCCAAAUCCUUUAAUUUGAUGCAGCACCGCCCGUGUCCAGCAGAUGAGACCAAUUAAAACCGGAUCGGAUCCAAGAAAAGAAAAUGCGCCAUCCGCUUGUCAAAUUGCUGAUUUGUUGUAGAUCUCAUUAUCAUUAGUCUUACACACAUUUUUGAAUACGAAAAGAAAAAUCAUACAUCGUCAGGUAAAUAUUGUAGACACACUUUUGAUAGACUUUGGAUUCACUUUGAUCAUUUUCACAUAGAGUUUCAAAUCGCUGAUGCCUAAACUGUGUGUGUGUGUACCUCUCUUUUCACUACUGCAGAUUUCUGACCCAAGUGCAAUAUAAGCCUUUCUAAAAGCCCCCCCAUUUUGUGUGCGUAUCAGUGUGUAAGUGCUCGUCUUUGUGCGUGUGUUUCUGUGUGUCUCUCGUGAAUACAUUUUUCAUCUCACUC